AUGGUUCUCCUUAGUUCCUUGGCCGUCGUUGCCACUGUAGCCAGUCUCGCUACAAGCCAGACCACUAGCUCUGUCAACCCAAGUAGUGUUUCAGAACCGACGAGAAAGCAAUGGUGUGAAUCACAGACCUCGGCUUGUCCUCUCAUCUGCCUGCAACUGCCAGGGGCCUCGGGCAACCCCAAAGAGAACAAAUGCGACUACAAAUCCCUUGUAUACUCGUGUAUCUGCAGCAACAACCAGUCUCCCAACGCAUCUGAAUACUCCCAGACAAUCCCCUACUUUGUUUGCACUGAGCAAAACAACCAAUGCGUUAGCAACUGCGACGGUGAACAACAGUGCCAGUCUGACUGCCGCUCUAAGAACCCUUGUGGCGCUCAGGAACCUAAGCGUGUCAAUACUACCACUUCUACAGCUACCAGUACUGCUCAAGCGACGACUUCGUUGCCUCCUUUCACUGGCGUCCCGGAUAAGAAUGGGGUUGCCUCCAGGCCAUCGGCAGAUCUGAGCCACAUCUACGGUCUGGCCGUUGUGAUGGCUGGGUUCUUUGCCGGCUUUGCGACUCUUCUGUGAGAAUGACAUUGACUAAAUGACAUUGCAAGUUGGAUUGACAGCUGAACAUUCCUGGGAGCGAUGGGUCAUCGGCCAAGGCAGCAUGACGAAAUCCUUUGCCAUCACUAAUACAUUUCACCUCCAGUCAUAGCGUACGGUGUCUCUGCAUGAUUAUUCGCUAGCAUGAAGUUCUUUUUCUU